UUCGACCUCCCUCUCGACUCUCACCCCUCAAAUUGGCGGUGCGCUAGCGGCUCCACUCCACUCCCAGAUCCCCCCGCCGCCGUCUCCCGCCUCCGAUUGACAUUCCGCCGAACAUGCUUCUCUCCGUGUUCCUCGCCCUGUUCCUCCCCUGCGCCGGCAUGAGCGCCGUGUUCCUGGUCUACAUCUGCCUCCUCUGGUACGCCGCCACCUACCGGGGCGGCGCGUCGGCCGCCGCGGCGCCGGCGGAGAAAGGCGCGCAGGAAAUCGGCCUCUCCGCCGCGCAGCUGGAGAGGCUACCGGCAGUGGCCGGCAAGGAUUUAAUCAUGGGCCGGGACUGCGCGGUCUGCUUGGAUGACAUCGAGAGCGAGCAACCGGCGCGGGUUGUUCCCGGUUGCAAUCACGGCUUCCAUCUCCAAUGCGCCGACACGUGGCUUUCCAAACACCCCGUCUGCCCGAUUUGCAGAACCAAACUCGGGUCGGAGCUCUUUGACCCGCCCGAGGCCAAUCCUUGCUGAAACACAACAUUUUUGCUGGAAAUUUACAUGAUGGUGGUCGUGGUAAAAAGUAAAAACAGCUGGCUAUGUACGAGUAAUUCUUUUGGGGUUAAUUAAUAAUAUUUGUACCUUAGGAAACGUUUAGGAAACCAAAAAAAAAAAAAAGUUCCGUGUGGAGAACAAUAUUACUUUUAGUCUAGAAUUAAUUUUAUUAUUUUUGGAAUUUCUUGAUUUCUUUGAACAAAAUUUAUGUAAAAAAAGUUUUAAUAGUAG